AUGGACGAUGCGACGCUGAUUUCACUAUGGGUUUUCACAUGGUGCACGGUCGGGUUGAUCUCGAUGCGCCUGGUGAUGCGGAAAAUUCGAGGGAAAUCCUUCGUCUUGGGAGAUUACCUGUCGAUCGCUGCGAUUCUCUGUGCAUUGAUCCGGCUUGCACUCGUCCAUGUCAUGAUAAUCUGGGGGACGAAUAACAUGCCCCCUAAAAUUCGACAUUCGCAUCAUUUCACCUCCCAAGAGAUCUACCGUCGAGAAACUGCGAGCAAGUUCGCUCUGGUUAACCGAGUCUUCUACAACACAUAUCUCUGGCUCCAGAAGCUGAUAUUACUCGACACGUACCGUCACUUGCUCCGUAACCUCAGCUGGGAACGCAUUACCUUGAGUUCAUAUCUCUUCGUUUUUGCGGCCACCUAUGUUGCAGUCCAGAUUGUGACCUUUACGGAAUGUGACCCCUUCAACCAUUACUGGAGGGUGCUGCCAGACCCUGGCGUUCUGAACAUCAUUACAGAUUUCAUGUUGAUCGUGUUGCCAGUUCCACUGUUGAUUAAAGUGAAACGACCUUUUAUGGAGAAACUACAACUCGCGGCUCUUUUUGCCGUCGGCUUUUUCAUCGUCGUGAUCACCAUCAUUCGCCUUCCCCAAAAUGCCCAACACUCCACGGCACAAGUGAAUCGCACCACUUGGGCCUCGGUGGAGCUUUUUGCCGCGGCUAUUGUGGCUAAUGCUCCCGUCCUGUACGGAUUCUGGAGAGGAGAGCGAGAAGCAUCUCGAUCGAGAACAACUGAGGGAACAACUAGGCAACAGUCCUCAUUAGGACGCGGUGGAACGGUCUCACGAGACCGGGAAUUGGAGAUGCAGCCGUUGCCAGGAGGCCACGUCCGACGGACCUCCAUGCUGGGUUCUAAGCGGAUAUCACGGCCCAUGCACGGCUACACCGAAAUCGACGAGGGCAGUAGUGGUCAUCUGGUCAAAGAAACUAAAGGUGGCGAAGUAUAA